UCACUCCCUCCCCAGAAUAACACCGCUGUAGUCACACUCAGUCCCGGCAGCAGCUGCAGGGAUUUUUUUCCAUUCAGUUUUUUUCCGCCUCUCUCGGCGUGUCCCGCCUUCACCGCCACAGAAGCCGAGGAAAUGUCCGACGCCGCACAGCAGCUGGCCGGGAGUCCCGCCACCGGUGACAACAAGCCUUUUGCGGUCCAAUUGUCCAACGUCUACCUCAGCAUCUUGGCGCUCUUCUGCUUCAAACUCUUCGUCAAGAUCUCCCUCAACCUGCUCACCUACUUUUACAUCGUCCGCGGCAACCGCAAGGAGGCGGCCAGGAUCUCCGCCGAAUUUUACGACUACGCUCAGCAACGCGGAUCCUGGACAGACCGCUCGCCGCUCCAUGAUGCUGCCAGUCAAGGUCGCCUCCUCGCCCUCAGAACCCUCAUUGUGCAGGGUCAUGAUGUGAACAGCGUGACUAUCGACCAGGUGACUCCUCUCCACGAAGCCUGCCUUGGAGACCAUGCACCCUGCGCUAGAGCCCUCGUCGAUGCCGGCGCUGACGUCAACGCCUCGACGGUUGACGGCGCCACGCCACUAUGGAACGCCUGCACAGUGGGCAGUGUAGCGUGCACCGAAGUUCUGCUGGAAAACGGCGCCAGAGCUCAGAGUCUGCCACACCAGCCAUCCCCCAUCCACGAGGCCACAAGCAAAGGUCAUUUUGGUUGUAUGGAGGUUCUGCUGACGUGGGGUACGGACGUAGACAUGGACAUCCCUCACUUGGGCACGCCGCUCUACACCGCUUGUGUCUGCCAGGAGCUGGAAUGUGCCAGGAAGCUCCUUCGGGAAGGCGCUAACGUUCAAAAAGGCAAAUCCCUGGACUCGCCUUUGCAUGCAGCGGCAGAGAAAGACUGCACGACGAUGGUGAAGCUGCUGCUUGACUUUGGCGCCGACAUCAAUGCCCGGGACAGUGAGUGUCGGCGACCAGUGGAGGUGGCCCCACCAAGCAGCUUGACAGAAGGCUUCUUGCUUCUCUAUGAAGCUAUGCCACGGCUGUUAAGUCAGCUGUGCCGCCAGUGCAUCAGGACGUGCGUCGGACAAGACCGACUGCACCUCCUUUGUCAUCUCCCCCUGCCGAGUCGAAUCAGAAGUUUCCUGCAGUACCAGUGACAAUGUCUGCCUGGCAAAAACAACUUUUUAACAGCUUGUAUACAAGUAGUAGUCUCUGGAGUGCCUGCCCAACCCAAGUAAACCUUUUGUUAGCUGCCUUUUUGACAAAACAUGCAUGGGAGCGAGCCAUUACAAUCCUACAUUAUGAACGUUCACAUGGAUGACUGGUAGGUAAAUGGAUCGUCUUUGAAAAAACAUUUAUCAGAAGAUGCACUUUUAUUGUACUUUAUUGUGUCUAUUUCUGCAUUGUAAACUGUUAAAAACACAAUAGAAUGCUAUUUAUGCAUUGAUCUAUUUAUUUCUUUUUAUGCUAUUUUCCCCAAAGACAAGCUUCGUACUCUCUGGAAGUAGCAGCGGUCAAGCCACUUUAAAAAAACAAAACAAAACAAA